CCGGGAUGUGCGUCCGGGUUGGGUCGGCCCCAGCGAGCGGUUUCCUCUGGCCUUCCCUCCGUCUCCUGUUCCCUGCCCCCUGCACCGCCGUGCCCUCGAAGGGAGCGCCGCCCGCUCGCUCCGUAAGGGAAUCAGUAGUUUCCUGAAUAAACCAGAGAGUCACCUGAGACGCAAGGAUGUUGGAAGAAGAUAUGGAGGUGGCCAUCAAGGUGGUAGUAGUAGGAAAUGGAGCUGUUGGAAAGUCCAGUAUGAUUCAGCGAUAUUGCAAAGGGAUUUUUACAAAAGACUACAAGAAAACUAUUGGUGUAGAUUUCCUGGAAAGACAGAUCCAAGUUAACGGUGAAGAUGUCAGGCUAAUGUUAUGGGACACUGCAGGUCAAGAGGAAUUUGAUGCAAUAACUAAGGCCUACUAUAGAGGAGCCCAGGCUUGUGUUCUUGUGUUUUCUACAACUGACAGAGAGUCCUUCCAAGCAAUCCCUACCUGGAAGCAAAAAGUUGUGGCUGAAGUUGGAGACAUUCCUACAGUUCUUGUGCAGAAUAAGAUUGAUCUUCUUGAUGACUCUUGCAUAAAGAAUGAGGAGGCAGAAGCGCUGGCCAAGAAGCUGAAGGUGAGGUUCUACCGAGCGUCGGUGAAGGAAGAUCUGAACGUGAGCGAAGUUUUUAAGUAUUUGGCUGAUAAAUAUCUUCAAAAGCUCAAGCAACAAACAGCAGAGGAUUCAGAAGUAGUACAUACAACCAGUAACAAGAUUGGUGUUUUUAAUACAACUGGUGGAAGUCACUCCAACCAGAAUUCUAGCACUCUUAAUGGUGGAGAUGUCAUCAACCUUAAACCCAACAAACAGAGGACCAAGAAAAACAGAAGUCCUUUUAGCAACUGCAGUAUACCUUAGACCAUUUUUGGAGGAAAUUAAGCAACUCAGAGAAUUGGAUGAAGUUGUGCAAUUGAACACAGAAUAAAGCCAGCUGUAGAGGUAUUUUUACCGGUGCUUAAAAAUCUUGUGCCUCCUAGACAGAGGGUGGAUUUUGAUGAACUUGCUGAUGCCGUGGGUUUGUUGUGUGGCGUGAGACACCUGGUGGCGACACACAGAACCGUGGCUGCCUCCUGCACUUUGUACAGAGUAGGUGAGCUUUUCCUUUCUCAAGGAAUUACUUACAGAGCUAUGAACUAGGUAUUGCUGAAUUGCAAAGUACGUUCAAUAUAAGGAUAAUACUUACACGUAUAGGUACGGACUGUAACUCUAUGGCCCAAGGUAAUGUAGCAACCUUGCAACUAAAUUUCAAAGAAAAUACUAGAAUUGGUUAGUCAGGACACUAACAAGAUAAAUGAAGAGCAAAAAAACACUACUUCGUUUUAUGCCUGACCAUAUUAGUAUUCUGCCAGGAUUCUCUCAGUCCUGUAUUAUAUAUCUGUGUGUGCUAAGGAAUAUAUGUCAACAUUUGGGAUGAAUAUCUAGGCUUGGUUCCAAUGUGUACGUUACUUGGAGAUCAGCUAAUGAUCAUCAAAUAGCAUCUUCUAAUUGUCCUUUAAAAAUGUUGCAUUUCAAAAGAGGCUUUCCAAGCUGCCACUGUGUAUGUUUAACUUGCUGUACUUUGGGCCUAAAAGCUUAGAUUUAAAAAUGUGUGGUGCCAAAAAUGCUCCUUUUUACCUAAUGCUAUGCUACAGAUGUUUUGUAAGUUUGUUUUUCUCAGUCUUAGCAGGUUGAACAAAUAACACUAAUAGCUAUUCAGAAGGAACAUAUAAUCAUAUUCUUGUUCAAAUUUGAUUGUUGUAUCCUGUGUCAUCUUUGUAACACCACUUUGAAAAUUCCUUUUUCAAAAGUAUUUAUCUUAUUUGAAAUUUUUCAUAGAUACCGUCAACUAAGUUACAGGGAUCCAAAAAACUGCAGCUGAUUAUAUUAGGGAGGCAUUAUCAAAUGUUGUCUCAGAUUUAAAGUUAAGGAAAUCUAAUUCUGCAAGAUGAGAGACAUGGCAAAAAAAUUUCAGAGUGCUUCAGUAAUUUUACAGAACUGAUUUAGACGUUUAGGAGCCCAAAUUUAGCUUCAAGGUUAUUUGGGCUAAGGCUCCUAAAUCACUAAGGUGCUUUUAAAAAUGCUAAGCAAGAUACCUUUUAUUUCGCAAAAAUGAACACUUUAUAAUCCUCUUCAAGAGCAUGUAUGCCUUUUAAAAACUAUCCAUUUUGUUUACAUGAUUUUGUAUGGUAUGAUAUAAUUUUAACUUUCUAAGAUUUCUACAAGUCUGCCAGUGACAAAUGCAAAAUCUGCUGCUUAAAAAAAUCAGAGUUUUAAUAGUUUUAUAAAUGGUGUAUGAGAAUGAAAAUUGGUUGAGUGAUCCUGUAUAUUUUUGAAGGAAGGACUUUUCACUAUGUGAAUUCAUGUAGGAAGCUUGACUGACUUUGUUUCUGAGUCAAUGAGUAUGAAAACUGAAAUGUAUUCUUAUUCCCACUGUCUGCAGGGGAGAAGUGAGUGGCAAGUUAUGCACAAACACUAAAGAUCUCUGAACUCUGUAUUUUAUGUUUACUGUAUUAGGCUUUCUGCAGAGUAUUGCAGUUUCUUUGACAAGCUGUUAGAGAUCUGUUGCUGGCAAGAAGGAGGGCACUCCAUCCCUUUUUCUGUUGCAACAAAACUGUGUGUUCUUCACCGUAAUGUUUCCUGUGUUUUCUAUUGGAUAAAGGCCUCUAUUUUUUAACGAGUGCAUUUAAUCACUGUGUGUAUAAAUGGAGUCAAGUCCUAUCUUUCUCAGCAGUUUAAGAAGUAAGAAGUAAGGUACUUGGGAUAAGAUAAUUGAACAUCAUGGGGCCACCUCACAACUUAGGGGAGAGUGUACGCAUGAAGAAUUUUGACAACUGUUUUUAAUAUGGAAACUUUUACAUUUCACUGUCUGUCUACAAGUUUCAUGGGGUUUUAUUCAUUUUUCAAGAAAAACAAAGCCACAAAGUGUUUGAAGUAUCUUUUUUUGCCUUGUUUGACUUGUACAGCGUAUUGAAAAGUCUUUAUUAUGUAUAAUGACAAUUUGCAAGAUUUUAUGUUAUACCGUAGCACACUGUACAAUUAGUACAGGUUGUUUGUAUUUACAGUAUGUCACUAUAAACUACUGCUUUUAACAACUCUGCAGUCUUUUCAUAGGUGGAGACUUGACAGACUUGAUAGAUUUAAGAUAUAUUGAAAUGUAGUACAUAUACUUUAAUGUAGGAAUAGUUACUUGAAGCAUUGGGUAACAGUGAGUUUUCAUUUUACUCCCACCCUAAAUCUAAAGUGGAUCUUUCUUUGUUGAGACCUUGCAGUGCUUGUUCUCUAAUAUGACUGAGAUGGAAACUGCUCAAAUUAACAUCUUUCUGGGAAGUGCCCUGCAUGUAUGCUACUUGAAAAUUUUGAUUCUUUAUUUUACUGGGCUUGGUGUGUUGGUGUAAACCAGAUGACUUGCAUAUUGCAGGAACCCUUAAGUAUUCACAUCACUCUUCAGUGACUCUUCAGUGGCACUAACUUGUGCCUUUUGGAAGAAGAGACAUGUCUAAAUGGUGUCCCUCAUGAAUAAUUUUUAUUACAAACAUUACUUCAUUCUCCACUCAAAGUGUACUCAUUAAAAUAUCAUGUUUUAGUUAGCAAAACCUACUCUUUGCAUCCCUGGGACUGUAUGGUGGGUAAGGAUGUGGCUCUGUUAUGUCCAUGGUGCCCAGGAUUAAGAGCAAGAGAUUCUCAUGCCACACGACACAAAUUUCAUUGCACUCCUGUAUAUUCCUUUUAUAUCUCUUGAAUAGCUCGUUGGCUGUAUUAUCUGGAUCUUGCUACAAUUCUUCGCCCUUGGCUGAUAAAGCUACCACUAGCAGGAAACUUCAGUGAUUGUUAAUGCCUUAGUGAAAUAGGGAUUCACUAAAGAGUAUGACACUACAGCCUUGUCACUUCUGUGUUGUAUCCAUUCAGUGAAUGGGUGUUCUCCCAGUACGUGGGGCAUCGUUAGAUGCAAAGCAGUAAUGCUAGGGAUGUAUUUCCAGCUGGAAAUAGCAAAUCUCAAAGUUGUAUGACUGAUCACAAUAAUUUCUGUGCUUGUCUGUGUGUGGUUAAUUUAAAAAAGACUUCAAAUAUUCCAAUUAGGGCAGUUUUGAAGCUUUCUUACUUUCAGUGUUUCUUAAGGCAACACUUUUGUAGUCAAAAUUCCUGAAUUACCACACUGUCAGUUUGAUUUCCUGUUUAGUUUUUAUGCUUCAGUAAAAUAUAACUUUUUAUUUUCUUCAUUAUUGAGCUGCAGCACAUCUGACUUGAAGUUUUCCUUCGCAGCAGUCUGGUGGGUUGUGUGGGUUCCAUGCACAAGACUCAGCAAGGCUGCCCUUGCAGCUGUUCAUGCACCCUUCAGGCUGAGAGCUCCAGGUGUUAACAGGUGAAUGAUGUGCCCUUCUCUGUGGGAGUUCAUCGUGCAGCGAGCCAACACACAUGCUGCUCCAUUCCAGUGACACUAUCUGAGCCCCUGCUGCUUUUCUAAGUGUAGUCAUAGACCUCUGGUAGAAGUUGCAGUACCUGAACACUAAUUGUACCAAAAUGAGAGUGCAAGGAUGGUCCAGCAAGCUCGAAUUCAUCAAAAUGCCCUUGCCAUCUUUUUGUAGGAAGCAAAAGUUGUGCACAUCUUCUUUCUAAUGCACAAAUAGUAUUGAGAGAAGAAAAUAAUUCUCUGUUAAAUAUGGCAUACAAGCAGAUAGUCAAAAUUAUAGAAUGAAAACACAGCAAUGCUUAGAUUUAAGAUGAAAGGUGCUAUAAUGGAAUAAGAGAAACCUGCUAGUGUUCCAUGUUGAAGUGUUCUAUAGGAGUCAUCUCAAAGCCAGGUAAGUCCUAGUACUGAACUGGGCUCAUUCUCAGGUUUCUAGUAGAAGGGUAAUAAUGAUAAAUCACUAAAGUUGAUGAGAAAAAUUAAAAAUUACUGUGGACCAGGAGAAACACCACUCUCAUUUGGAGGAUUAAGAUGCAUUGUUACUAAUGGCUUAAAUGUAACUUACUAAAAGAGGAAAUGUACGUAACUGGUUUUAUCACCAUCAUGAUCUCAAGUAAAGGUAAGAGAUUUGUAGAAAAAAAAGUCAACAUAUCAUCAAACAUACCAAAUCCUCAAUCAGAAGAAUCAGUGUUUAAAACUGAGUAUCUUGUGUACGCUGUUCUGUAAAAUCCCUACAAAUUAAUUCUGCUGUUCUCUUGUAAGUGACACUAGUUGCAUCAUGCAACGUAAAAUGUUUGUUUGCUUAUUGUUUGGUCUGAUAUAAGUCACUAUUUUUGUGGUUAUAUUAAAUUGUCAGUAUAUUAAAUUUCAAAAAUUGCUG